AUGCCUGUUUACUAUGCGAAUAAGAACGGACACCAAAGUACAAGAAGAACACAUAGAGCGUUACCAGGGCUACCAGGGUUACCAGGGCUACCAGGGUUACCAGGGCUAUCAGGGCUAUCAGGGUUACCAGGGUUACCAGGGUUACCAGCUUUACCAGGGUUACCUGGGUUACCAGGACUACCAGGGUUACCAGGGCUACCAGGGUUACCAGGGCUAUCAGGGUUACCAGGGUUACCAGGGUUACCAGGACUACCAGGGCUACCAGGGCUACCAGGGUUACCAGGGUUACCAGGGUUACCAGGGUUACCAGGGUUACCAAGAAUACCAGGGUUACCAGGAAUACCAGGGUUGCCAGGGUUACCAGGGUUGCCAGGGUUACCAGGGUUACCAGGGUUACCAGGGCUAUCAGGGCUACCAGGGUUACCUGGGUUAUCAGGACUACCAGGGUUACCACGGCUACCAGGGUUACCAGGGCUAUCAGGGUUACCAGGGUUACCAGUGUUACCAGGGUUACCAGGGUUACCAGGGCUACCAGGGCUAACAGGGCUAACAGGGUUACCACGGCUACCAGGGUUACAAGGGCUACAAGGGUUACCAGGGUUGCCAGCAGGGUUACCAGGGUUACCAGGGUUACCAGGGCUGCCCGGGUUACCAGGGCUAACAGGGCUACUAGGGCUACCAGGGCUACCAGGGUUACCAGGGCUACCAGGGUUGCCAGGAUUACCAGGGUUACCAGGGUUACCAGGGCUACCAGGGCUACCAGGGUUACCAGGGUCAAGGAUCGGCAAUGUUUCCUCCACUCAUUAUUCAUAG